AUGACUGCCCCUGCCCGUGAGCAGUUCAUGGCCGGUGUCAACAGCACUGGCCCCGAUGGCAGACCCCUUCCUGCCGGCGCCGCUGCUGCAGCCAGAAUGACCGCUGCUGAGAGAGAGGCCGCCAGAAAGGUCGACGACGAGACAUUUUCUCUUGCCUCUGCUGCCAUGAAGCAGGCCGAGCGCGAGGAGGAGCUCGAGAAGAAGAAGCAGGGAAAGGGCGACCACAAGUCUCUCAUCCGUCGUCUCUUGGGUUCCGCUGUCGAGAGAUUUGUUGCAUUCUUCAAGCGUGAACAGCACAAGAUGAACUAA